CGACUCUGCCGCGAUCAUUUUCUUCCAGUUCCUUCCCACCACUCAACCUCCUCCACUCCGACUCCAACCACACCGUUCCUCGACACCCGCCAAUUCCUCCCCCGCUACUACUGUCCACUUCCUCCAGGUAUUGACCGCUUCCUCACAGGCUUCGUCCAGACCACGAGUACACCUCUUCUUCUAAGUAUUUUAACGGCCCUAUGUCUUCUUACUUGCGCUCACCCUCUCCCUGUGGUCCUCACAUCUUCUGUCUAUUCUGCCCCUCUCUAGUCUGUAGGCCUCGAAUAGCCAGCAUUUCUUAACCUGUUCUUUGUCCUUUUCCAGAUGUCUGCUUAGCCUCCCGCCUGUUUUGCCUCAAAAAACCGCAUCAUGAGUUCCGAUAUCCCUGAUGAGGUUCUGCAUAUCCGUGGCAAGACUCUCACGCCGGAAAGUCCAAGGCCACUUCAUGUGUCAGAACCUACCAAUAUCCCAUUGCUGCAAAGUCAGAUGGACCCGGCCUUUAGCGACACUCCCAUCUAUAAGCAACUAUUUCUCGAGAAAACGCCGCCUUUGGACACUGAGACAGUUGUAAGGGAUCAGGUUCAAGUCACAACCCAUACUUACGCGAUGCUGCAUCAGAAUUUUGAGAGUCUGGAAUCAAAAGGCGUGGAUGAAAAAGGUGUGGGCGAGGAAGGCGCAGUUAGCUAUUCUGGAUCUUUACACAGGGGUUAUCAUCCAGAAACAGAAACAGAAAAUGAAUCGACUUUGCCAGCUACUCACAGCACGAGUCAAUCUGCGUAUCCUACUCUUGAGAGCUCCAUUACUAAAGUGAACCACCAAACCGUUCCUCCAUAUAUCGCAUCAAUCGUACCUGAAACCUUCCCCCAGUCAGACCGUCCCAUUCCUUCCGAAAUCAAAUUAUCUGAGCCCCAUUACCUAUCUUCUGCGCUCCCAGGCAAGGAUGCAGACGUCGAUACCUCCCCGAAAUUUACCCCAGCUUUACCUGGUGGUCAUAGUAAUAACAUUGAAUCUGAGACAAAUCCCAUCCCUGAGGGAGACGCCAGCUACCAAAAAGCCAUGAAUACUCUAUCAGAUGCUAAAAAUCCCUCCCCUUCUCCCACAGACGUUGACGUCACCACCGCUACUGAUGAUCUUAUGACCAACUCUUUAAUCCCAGACACAUCCCUUCCCACGUCUGCUGGUCUCCCUCCCCGCCCGCCACCCCAAGAAAAGCCUUCUAUCCAACCGGGUUCUGAUAAUAUCCAAUAUUUCCAUCCCUUGCCUAGCCAACCCGAAAAUGUGUCUGCACCGUUUGGUCAAUGUAGUUUCCCCCAGCCUAGUGGGCUACCAUCCCCGGUUGUGCCCACUGGCGCACCUGGAACUUCCUCCACCUCAAAUGGAUUGCCCCCUCCCCCUAUUGCAAGUUUCCAAAAGUUGCCCGAUUCAUCUAGCGACCAAACAAAACCCAGCGUUCUUAAACUCCCCCGAAGUGAUAGGUUGGACGACAAUGAACUCAAGUUUCUUCGCGGCGAAGGAGAUAGAGAGGAGCCUUGGGCCCCUGAAGUUCAGAAGAAAUAUGACCAGUUUCUCUAUAAUGAACGCGUUUAUGUUACAGAGGGACUUUGGGAUCGGUUUCCGCCUGGAUCGAGAUUGUUUGUUGGAAAUCUCCCUACAGAGAGAGUCACCAAACGGGACCUAUUUCACCUAUUUCACAAAUAUGGCGAUCUCGCCCAAAUAUCCAUUAAGCAGGCAUACGGAUUCGUCCAAUUCCUGGAACCCGCUUCUUGUCGCAGAGCGCUAGAAGCAGAGCAAGGAGGAUUUAUACGGGGACGCAAGAUUCAUCUUGAAAUCUCAAAACCCCAAAAAUCGGCGAGAAAUGCUCCCGCGCCGGAUUCAUCGAGACCACCAGUCAAGAGAAGAUCUAGGUCACCGGAAGCUAUCCGAGGUGUACCAAGUCACCGUGGCAUUCGUGCCGGUGGUGAUCGAUAUGACAGAGCGUCGGAGCCUAGAAGGCCGCCGCCGAUUAGAGAAUUCAGGGACCGUGAUGAGCCGUAUCGUCGUCGUGAUGAUUAUCGCCCAGCUCGUACACCAUCCCCACGAGGGCACCGCCGAGAUGAUCAUCGUUUCCGCGACCGAACCCCGGAGGAUUAUGAAAGACGUCGAGAUAGGCGCCGUUCCAGGUCUCCCUAUAUGCGUUCAGGGAGAUACAGAAGCCCGAGUCCUAGAGAGAAGGCCUAUGAAAAUGAUUCAGACCUUCCUAUCCCAAGGCGAUCCCCACGACAAGUACCAGAUGUCCAGAUAAUUGUCCUGGAAAAUGUUGACAGGGAUUUCGUGUAUCAUAUCGAAAAUUCCUUUCGAGAUCGCGGCUUGCGAACGGAUGUCCUAAUCUUGAGUCCCCGAAUAUCUCUCGCAGCUGUCGUCCGCCGUCAAAUAAUAGAGGGAGUGUUGGCAAUUGUCAAGCUAUCUCGCCCAAAUCAGUAUUCUGGCAAAAUCCCACUACAGGUGUUUGAUCGCACUGGUGGCAUCGACAAUGUUAAGUUCAAUGAAUACUCAGAACUUGAGUUGAAGGUUGCCGCAGAGGUCGUGCUUCAUGCAAUGACUGUCCACCUUGGGAAUGCCUCAAAAUAUCCCACCACACAACCUCCUGGAAUAUCUCAAAUGCUGCCGGCGCCCUCUCAAAUUUCGCGUCCAUUACAAUCUAAUAAUAAUAUUACAAAUCUCAUUUCGAAUCUGGAUGGUCCGGCACUCCAAUCCCUUCUCGGAGCUCUACAGCAAAAUCCUGUCGCGCUCCAGGCUGCUCAGCAGCACUACGCUCCCCAGGGCCACCCAACCGACCUUGCUAGUCUACUUAGCAACUUCCCCCGUCAGCAAAAUUCUUUAAUUCCUCCAAGCUCCGCUCCCCAGCAGGCUCCACCUCCUGCGUAUAGCUUUCCAACGCAGUUCCCUAGUGGGAGAAGUGACCCGAACUUAGCCUCACUUCUGGCACAAACUUUGGGCGGACAACUACCAGGCCAACCCCCUCCUCCGCCCCCACAAACGGCGCCACAGGUGCCUCCACACGUUCAAAGUAUCAUGGACCAACUGAUGAAGUGGAAGCAGUGAAGAUUUGGCUUCCUUUACUUUCUACCUACAGUUGUCUCAAACAUAGGAAAAUUAGAUCGUCAUUCUUGCUAUCUAUGAAAUUGACGUGAGGUGAUUCUCGUCUACGGCGGGCUAUUUGAGUUAUUAGGUGUUUGGCAAAGCAAUAUCUAAAACCGGAUAACAAACGAAAUGCGAUUAAUUUUCAAUAGAAGGGAAGCUAGGGUGCGGACCACGGACCCUUAAGAGACAUAUACCACUAAACUAAUGUAAAUAUCCCAUUAAUUAAUUCAUCUUCUAACUAUUAUAAAUCUAAUAACGCAUUUUAUACUACUUCCCUCCGUGUCCGUUCACUUCCCCUCUGCCUCGAUAUCAAGACGUACCCGUCUAGUAUCUAUCCAA